AUGGUUCAUAGGCAUGAAGGCGAUACAUUAGGCCCUAAUGCUCCUCUACUUACUCUAUAUGGACAUGCCACGCACAAUCUCCCCGACAAUGAAGAAGACAGAACCUCCGACCGGAGGUCAAACUAUUCUGGUAGUUGGUUUAUAUGGGCAUUGACAUUCUCCGCUGGUCUCAGCGGACUGUUGUUUGGUUAUGACACAGGAGUGAUUUCCUCGACGCUCGUAUCUGUUCACAUGGAUCUCUCCAACCGCAAUCUUACAACGCUCGACAAAAGCCUGAUCACUUCUUGUACAAGCUUGUUUGCUUUGGUUGCUAGCCCUCUUGCGGGGGUCUUGGCUGACAAGUUCGGUCGCCGAAAGGUUAUAUUCGUUGCAGAUGCGCUGUUCGCUCUAGGUGCUUUCGUGCAAGCUAUUUCUGAUAAAGUAUGGGGUAUGAUUGCUGGCAGGAGCAUUGUUGGUCUAGCUGUUGGUGGCGCAAGCUUGGUAACACCAUUAUACAUCUCCGAACUAGCGCCAUCAAAUAUGAGAGGGAGGCUUGUGACAAUCUUGUCCUUGUUUAUCACCGGUGGUCAGGUCGUAGCAUAUAUUGUGGGUUGGCUAUAUUCCUCGGUUGGCGGAGGCUGGCGCUGGAUUGUUGGCCUUGGGGUGCUUCCGGCAGCUUUUCAGCUCGUUAUUCUCCUCGCUCUACCUGAAACGCCUCGGUGGCUUGCUCAAGCGGGAUCUGAAACAAGUGCUAUGCAUGUCCUGAGGAAGGUCUACCAGGGCCAGCCAGACAGCGAUUGUAUUGCCAAACAAGUUUUACGGGAUAUUCAACGGGAGGUGGCAGCGGAAGGAGAGUUAAGUCGCUCCAGUGCAUCCCUCGGAGCCGGUCAAGGGUGGCUUCACAACAUAUCGCAACGCACAAAAGUCCUAUUUUAUCUCGAUGGGAAUAGAAGAGCAUUGACCAUAGCGAUGACGCUGCAAGGCCUGCAGCAGCUCUGUGGGUUCAAUAGUCUUAUGUAUUUCUCCGCCACCCUGUUUUCUAUGCUCUCCUUUUCGUCGCCGACGCUCAUCUCACUGUCAGUGGCCAUAACCAAUUUCCUCUUUACACUGCUUGCAUUUGCCUACAUCGAUAGGAUUGGCCGGCGCCGCAUCCUCCUCUACUCAAUACCCGUCAUGAUAAUAUCUCUCAUUGUCUGCGCGUUGAUCUUCUCUUCUUUCGAGUUGCCAGAUCCGCCCUCUGAUCCCCAGGCGCAUGCAGAGCCCAAUGACACCGUGCUCGAUAAUUCAUUGCUCCCUAUAUCUAUUCUCCUCUGCUUAACAGUUUACACCGCCUCUUACGCUUUCGGACUUGGCAAUGUACCCUGGCAGCAGUCCGAGCUGUUCCCUUUGAAUGUACGGUCUCUUGGGUCUGCAUUUGCUACGGCAACUAACUGGGGUUCAAACUUCAUUGUGGGUCUCACCUUUCUGCCUAUGAUGGAGAAGUUGUCUCCAGGGUGGACCUUCGCGACUUAUGCUCUCGUAUGUGCAGUUGGCUGGCUUGGUGUAUGGGCGAUCUACCCUGAGAUGAGCGGUCUCAGCUUAGAAGAGGUCAAAGAGCUCCUCGCGGAUGGUUGGGGUGUCAAGGAAAGCCUGGCGAGGACCCGCAGUGCCCCUUAG